CAGCCUCAUUCCAGCAACGACCUUCAGAGACCACCUCGGUCCGGCCCUCCCGAUCAGUAACGAAAAGCCUAUCAUCAAUGGAAUCUUGACCACUCGCACGAGGGGGACUUAUGUCCCGAGGAGCAAUGCCGGUGCCGAUCCUAGUACUGAUGAUGGUACUAGUACGGGUACCGGUACCGGGAAUGGGAAUGGGGUCAGAGCAAAGGAAGAAAAGUCACCGAAUUCUCAGGCCAAGGAACUCGGAUGGGCCCGAGUACCCCGGGGUAGAUCGUCACUCGGUGGACCAGGAAUGAUGGGAAGGAGGACGCUGUCCAUGCCGAACGUGCCUACGAUCCAAGAGUCCGAGGCCCAUCCUGGGUCUGAGCAGGUCGAGGAGUCGAGUGGACUUGGUGCGGAACAAGUCCAAGGGGACGUAUGGAAGAAGAGGGACAGGCAUGAGGUUGUUAGGAUGAUCAAGGCCGAGUUGACAUACGAGGCGGAAGAUCCGAUCGACCCGGGACGGAAGGAAGAAGACGAGCAGCAAGUUUCCCCGGUAUUAAAGGCUCCUCUGGGGACUACUGUGGCAGAGCAGGAGCAGGCUGAAGUGCCUCCCCGCCCGCAGACGGCUUGGGACGAGUGGAGGCGUCCGGACAAAAUGGACAAGCAGGUGGAGCAUCAGCCCAAGAGCAACGUCGGAGAAGGCUCGAGAAGGAGGACGAUGAGCAUGGACAAGGAUCUGCCGAGGUUGCCUAUCGAGAGUAUUCGGCAGGGCCUGGCUGGAGCGGAAGCUGACGUUACUUCAAAGGGAGGAUGGAAUCCCACGACUGGCUGGAGCAAAGACACGAGUAAAGGAGGACCUUUCUGGGAUCAUCGACGAAGGGCUACUGGGACUCAAUCGGUCAAUGGCGAUCGCGCUGGUACCCCUCAGAACCGAUUUGCCUUUCCCUCGGGCCGGCCUGCCGCUAGAGCGCAUUCGCCUUUGCUUUCUCGCCAGGCCGACUACCCGCCCAUCCAGCAAACCCUUAUGCCGACGAUCCGACCGGGAACACCUAUGCCAGUCCCUGAAUCUUCGAUGCCAUUGCUUUUAGCAUCCGCGCUACUAUCUCAACAAGCCUCGCAGAUCCUCAUUGAGCUGAGCUCUAUUCCGAACGCUGCGCCUGGCUCUACCGGCGGGGAUGGGGAUGAUCAAGUCGAUCAUCUGGACGCAUUCAAGAAGAGAAUGAGGAAUCUAGCGACAGAGGGUAACGAAGUGGGCAAGGGACUCAUGGACUGCGUCAUCGGCAGUCACGCUGGUUCUACCGACCAGGAUAUCGCUGGAGACGCUUUGAAACGCGCGCGAUUCGAUCUGAGCGGGAUCAACCAAGAAUCAUUGGAGAGGAGAUCGAGAAGGAUUUCCCUUCCCACGAGUACGCACAGCACCAUCCCCGUUCCUUCGGUGUACGAAGCGGGUCGACCGAUGACCCCUCAAUACGAGUACGGUCGGUACGACGAAGGCGGGCGGGAGGAUAUUUGGCAGAUGCAAGCGAUGCUCGAUCAGGCGCAAGAGACGAUCCGGGGGUUGCAGGCCAAUCUGAACAUGCUACGACCAGAUCUCGGUGACGAUGGGCACUUCGGAAGAGAGCAACAACGAAGGGAGCGAAGGAGGACGUUCUGGGGUGGAAGAUGGAGGCGUUGAGUUUGGGAAGAUGGAUCGAAGUCGAGCGUUUUUCUUUUCCGUCAAGAAACUAUAAUCAUGAUCAUAAUUCUCAAGUCAAUCUGUGUCGAGCCCACUCAAAUCAUGAUAUUGAAAAAUCAAGCUACAUACCGGGAAAGGAUGCAAUCCCAACUGUCUGUGUCCCCUACACAAUCAAGGCAAACCCACUGGACUCAAACAAACGUCAUAACAGGUCAUCAAAGACGAAACACGGGCGCUAUUAUAAAAACCGAUACA